AUGAAGUACUCUGCCGCUGUUGCCAUUACCGCUGCGUUGGCCCAGUCCGCCUCGGCCCACUACAUCUUCAGCAAGCUGGUCUUGAAUGGCGUGGCGUCCGAAGACUGGCAGUAUAUUCGUCAGACCACUCGCACCGAGAAUUACAUGCCCACCAAGUUUUCUAACACCUUCGACAACCUGACCCCCAAGGACAACGAUUUUCGCUGCAACUUGGGUUCGUUUAGCAAUGCUGCCAAGACCGAGGUCGCCGACGUCGCUGCUGGCGAUAAAAUUGCCAUGAAGCUGUUCUACGAUGGCAGCAUCGCUCACCCUGGUCCCGGUCAAGUUUAUAUGUCCAAGGCACCCUCCGGUAACGUCAAGGAGUAUGAGGGCGAUGGCGAUUGGUUCAAGAUCUGGGAGAAAACCCUGUGCAAUGAAAGCGGUGAUCUGACCACCGAUGCGUGGUGUACCUAUGGCAGCUCGGAGUUGGAGUUCCAGAUCCCGGAGGAUACCCCGGCCGGCGAGUACCUGGUUCGCGCCGAGCACGUUGGCCUGCACGGUGCGCAUGAAAACGAGGCGGAGUUUUUCUACAGCUGCGCUCAAGUCAAGGUCUCCGGCUCCGGCAACGGCUCGCCUAGUGAGACCUACGAGAUCCCGGGCCUCUACAACGAUAACAUGAAGCUGUUCAACGGUGCCAACCUCUGGAUGAACUCCGCCGAUGAGCUCAAGGCCUACAUUCAGGAUACCCCAAUCGGCGAUGCUGUCUGGGGCAGCUCGAACUAA